CGCCGCGUUGUUUGGUAUUGACAUCCGAUCCGGAUUUUUUAGGGUCUUUUUUUUUCUUUGUAGGGGGGCGGAGGUGGACGUGGCCAGGGCAUGCCUCACUCUCCGUGACCUCGGCGCGUCUCCUCUUCAGUCCUGCCGUGCUGGUGAGGUGGCUCUCCGAGCAGUUUUUUCGUCUGUGACUUUGCAUGGUCUUGAUGGAGCUGAGCAACACGGUGCCUUGCGACAGCAGCAGCAGGAGCGGUGUGGUGAAGCGGAGCCCAGCGGCGGAGCUGCGCGACAGGUCAGGGGCUGUGUAGAGCUGACAGGUAGGCAGAUGCAAGAGGUGGUGCUGAUGGUAGUGGUGCAUCUAACGCACCGCUGUGCCACGGUGUCAUGCGUGUCAGUGUGAGGCUGGAGAGCGCUAGCUAUUGGGGCAAUUGUGUGGCCACUGACCACAGCAGUUAACAAGCACACAGUGGUGGUGUCGGUGUGUCAUUGAAACUGACCGCGUUUGAAUGCCCUAAUGGACAGGUUGCACUCGUCCAUGCGCAAAAGGCUCUACAGUUUGCCCCAGCACAUCGGCCACAGAGCUUCGAUCAUGGGCGACAGCGAAGACGGAGACAAGGACGCGCGCAGGAAGAGCUUGCGGAUGAAGGCGCUGCCCUCGCCCGGCGCCGCGGAGCCCCGGAGCGCGGACGGCGCCGUGGCCGAGACGGACGUGGGGCGUGCGGCCAAGGCGAGCUCCAACGGGGACUGCCGGAGGUUCCGCGGCAGCCUGUCGUCUCUGGCCGGCCGCCACGUCCACGAGCCGGAGCAGCCGGCCGAGGAGAAGCGGCUAAUCACGGACGGAGACGCCAGCAGCCCAAGCGAGGAGAGCAGCCCCCCCGGGCCGAGCGGUGGGGCUCCCGGGGGCGCAGGCGCGGGGGGCUCCGGGGCCGGGGCUGGAGCCGGCGCUGCUGGGGCUGCUGGAGCUGAGCAGCAACAGCAGCCCGCCUUUGUCAAGCUGGACGGCAUCGAGCACAUCUUAGCGGACGAUGAGAGGUUUUACCAAGCGGGCUUCAUGCACAGGCAGUUCGGGGCCAUGCUUCAGCCGGGGGUCAACAAGUUCUCCCUGAGGAUGUUCGGCAGCGAGAAGGCGGUGGAGCGCGAGCAGGAGAGGGUGAAGUCUGCUGGCUUCUGGAUCAUUCACCCCUACAGUGACUUCAGGUUCUACUGGGAUCUCACUAUGUUGCUGCUGAUGGUGGGAAACCUGAUCAUCAUUCCAGUGGGCAUCACGUUCUUCAAGGACGAGCACACUCCGCCCUGGAUCGUCUUCAACGUGGUCUCCGACACCUUCUUCCUCAUGGACCUGGUGCUUAACUUCCGCACAGGCAUUGUGAAAGAGGACAAUACAGAGAUUAUAUUGGACCCACAGCAGAUUAAGAUCAAGUAUCUCCGCUCAUGGUUCGUGGUGGACUUCAUCUCCUCCAUCCCAGUGGACUACAUUUUCCUGAUCGUGGAGACGCGGAUUGAUUCGGAUUUCUACAAAACAGCCCGUGCUCUGAGGAUUGUCCGUUUCACAAAGAUACUCAGUCUGUUACGACUGCUGAGGCUGUCCAGACUCAUACGUUACAUUCAUCAGUGGGAAGAGAUUUUCCAUAUGACCUACGACCUGGCCAGUGCAAUGGUGCGGAUAGUGAAUCUGAUUGGUAUGAUGUUGCUGCUGUGUCACUGGGACGGCUGCCUGCAGUUCCUGGUGCCCAUGCUGCAAGACUUUCCCGCUGACUGCUGGGUCUCCAAAAACAAGAUGGUGAACAAUACGUGGGGUCAGCAGUACUCGUAUGCCCUCUUCAAGGCCAUGAGCCACAUGCUCUGCAUUGGAUACGGCAUGUACCCGCCGGUCGGCAUGACGGAUGUGUGGCUGACCAUCCUUAGCAUGAUCGUGGGAGCGACGUGCUACGCCAUGUUCGUGGGUCACGCAACAGCACUGAUACAGUCACUGGACUCCUCACGCAGGCAGUACCAAGAGAAGUAUAAGCAGGUGGAGCAGUAUAUGUCCUUCCAUAAGCUGCCUGCAGACAUGCGACAGAGAAUCCAUGAUUAUUACGAGCACCGGUACCAGGGCAAGAUGUUCGAUGAGGAGAGCAUCCUGGGGGAGCUGAAUGAACCGCUCAGGGAGGAAAUAAUAAACUUUAACUGUCGGAAGCUGGUGGCCUCGAUGCCUCUGUUUGCCAAUGCCGACCCAAACUUUGUGACGUCGAUGCUGACGAAGCUUCGUUUUGAGGUGUUCCAGCCUGGAGACUACAUCAUCCGAGAGGGCACCAUCGGGAAGAAGAUGUAUUUCAUCCAACACGGAGUUGUCAGCGUUCUCACCAAAGGCAACAAGGAGACCAAACUAUCAGACGGCUCCUACUUUGGAGAGAUCUGUUUGCUGACCAGAGGAAGGCGUACGGCCAGCGUGCGAGCAGAUACAUAUUGCCGUCUAUACUCCCUGUCUGUGGAUAACUUCAACGAGGUGCUGGAGGAGUACCCUAUGAUGAGGAGAGCCUUUGAGACAGUCGCUCUGGACCGCCUGGACCGUAUAGGAAAGAAGAACUCUAUCUUGCAGCACAAGGUCCAGCAUGACUUGAAUUCUGGCCUCCUGAACUACCAAGAGAAUGAAAUCAUCCAGCAAAUUGUCCAGCACGACAGAGACAUGGCACAUUGUGCCCACUUGAUGCAAAACCAACCUCCUCCUGCUCCUCCAUCACCUACUCCUGUCAUCUGGGCCCCACUUAUCCAAGCCCCCCUACAAGCUGCUGCAGCUACAACCUCAGUUGCUAUUGCCUUGACCCACCACCCUCACCUGCCUGCCACUCUCUUCCGCCCUUCAGCCUCUGUUUUGGGCUCAAUGAAAGAGCCUCCCAGUCGAUUGAAGAGGUUCCAAGUUGUACCCACAUCAGCGAGUCCAGGUUCAGCCGGAGAUUCCCCUUCCAGCACUCCUUCGAAGCCUCGUACCGGAGCAGACACACCUCUUCUUGCGUCCUUCCGAGCACACCACUCAACAGGACCAGCUGGGUCAGGCAGUACUAGCCAGCAAGCCUCUAGUACCAGCAGUGGUUCCCAGCCUGGAAUUGGCAGUGCUUCUGCAUUCCCAACUUCCAGCAACUUCUCCACAUCUGCAUCCCCCACAUCAAGCACCGCACAGCUCCAUCCACCCCCAAAGCACAAGCAGCCCUUUCUCCAGAGUACUCCACCACUGACUAACCGCCUCCAGCAAGGCGGAACAGGUGGAACAGCAGAUGGCUCAGGUGUUGGAACCUUUUCUACGGCGGUAGGUGGGGCAAUGGGUGGUGCAUCAUGUGGAGUGGCCUCAAUCGGGUCCCCUGGGGGUGCAUUAGUUGGUACGACAUGUGGUCUCCUGACCACAACGUCUUCGAAUAGUAGCCCUCUUGCCACAGGAUCAUUUAGCCAUGCUCCCAGUCAACAUCUCCAUGGUCAACAGUCUCAAAAACCCACACAGAUGGGCUCGCUGCAGCAAUUUGCAGGUGGGGGUGGCAGGACUUCUAGUGUGCUAAACCUUUUCCAUACUCCCCCGCCUGGAUCCCCAUCCUCUAGCCAUACUCACAUUACCCAGGCCCCUGAAGGCUCACCUUCAUCAAACACCCAAUCCACAUUGUCCAGCCUAAGGUCCAGCUUUCUUCCCCAGUUGCCUUUAGAAAGGUCAGCAUUAGCUUCACUAGCUCAGUACGGCUCGGCUAAUGCAUCCCCCUGUUAUACUCCGCUAGCCCCUAGUCCUACGAUUCAAAGUCCUGUAACUGGAAGAACUUUUCACUACAGUGACCCUUCUAGUGCAGCAGGCUCCCACAGUUCUCUGCUCAUGCCCCAGUCCUCUUGCCCGGGCCAACUACCAGGCCACCAUGCCUCUGGGACCGAAUCUCCGCUAAGCCGUUUCUCUGAGGAUAUGAAACUAUUAUCCAGCUCUCACCCCACACUAAGUGGAGAGGUAGCCCAGGCUCUGGGUCAUCACUCGUCCACUCAGUCCUCCAUGGAUCCUGGCUAUUGCCUCUCCCCUUACUCUUCCCCAACACUGACACCUAAGCCCUGUAGCUCCGUAUCAGGGCACAUUGCUCCCCCAAUACAGACUCCUCCCGGGUCACGUCACCACAUUCACUCCACAGGGACGUCGCCCUCGCUUCCGCCUCGGAGGUCCUCAGAGGCUCACCCUUCUGAACUAGAACCACUCUGCUCUAAACUCCCCUCCAAUUUGUGAGGCUAGAUCACACCCUCCUGCUCACCCUGGACUUGUAACUGAGUAAUAACAACCUUCUUCUGUGUGACACUUUUUCUUUCUUUAUCUAUCUAUCUAGACACUGUGUUUUAAUCUUAAUUAUUUUAGAUAUCUAAAUAUUACUGUGAUUAAAAAAGAUUAAGGCUUAACCAGGUUAAAUUAGAACUCUAGAUUACUUUUCUUUUGUUUUCUUUUGUCAUUCUCUCUCUUUUUUACUCAUUAAUAUAUAUGUGGAAAUAUAUAUUUAACAAUAUAUGUUAAUCAAUUGAUAGGAGGGUGUGAAGUGCUACAUAUAUACACUUUCAAGGAGGUCCAUGCCAAAUUCAUUUGGUCAGUGUGUUUGAAAUGGACAACACAGAAGGACUAUUUUGCAGGAGUCUAUGCACUGAAGCCUGCAUGUAAAAACGGACUCUUUUUCUGUGUUCAGAUCUACCUUUUUAGUCAAAAAAAAAAGUGCUUCGGAAGAGCAGAUCUUUUAUCACUACGCCCUACCCAGGAUCACAUAUUGCUGAUCCUUAAAUGUAUCUAUUGGAUUGUAUGUAUUUAUUCACUGUAUAAACUUUGCAAAACUUUUCAAGUUGGAGAAGAGAAUUUAGGCAAACCAAAAAAUUUUUUCUCUUGAGUAAUUAGUACACUUUUUGGCCUACACCUUGUUGAUUUCUGUUUGAACCACAGUAUUGUAGUAAUAUUUGAGUGGGCUUCAGGUCCUCUACAUUAGGGAGAACAGAGGAAGAAGUUAAAGAUACAGGGAGUCUUCAACAGUGUCCUAACAAAUUCACUUUUGUCUUCCAGGUUCAAGUGGCAGGUUGUUGGAGGUGAAUGGCAUUAGACUGAUGAAUGACAUGAAAGCCCCUGUGUGUGUGUGUGUGUGUGUGUGUGUGUGUGUGUGUGUGCGUGCGUGCGUGCGUGCGUGCGUGCGUGCGUGCGUGCGUGCGUGCGUGCGUGCGUGCGUGCGUGCGUGCGUGUGUGUGUGUCUGUGGGUGUACUUGUGUGGAUGACUGCGUUUUCUGAAAUGGCUUGAUGCAAGCAACAAUCUUGUUGGACUGACCAAGAUUAGAUUUGCCUUUUUACAAGAAAAAAAGAGAACUUCCAUCAAAGCCUAUAUGUAGAUGGUUCUAAUGAAAAACGUUUUACACCUCGUACUAGUUUUACAGAGCCAGCGACAAGUCAGCAUUACAUGAGAUUACAGGAUGUAGCAUAGACAUUUUCUUUUCUUUCUUGUGUGAUUUAUUUAUUUAAAGAUAUCUAUUUAUUUGCGCUUUAUCAUCCAUAGCUGCUAAAGGAUCAAUUUAAAAUAGUAUCAAUCAGAUGAAUGUACUGUAUGAAUAAACAUUAUCAGUGUUAACAGGAGGACGUUACAUCAAAUGACUGACCAUGAAUAAGCCUGCACAGUAAGAUAUGAGCUGAAAUUAUGCUUCUGGAAUAAGAAUAGAUGGGUCUCUAACAGGGUCACACUUUUAACUACAGUGUCCUGUUAUAUUGAAACAGCCUCACACCUCCCUCAUGACACCUGACCUUAGCUUACCCUUAAAGGUUUGGAAACAGGAGAUCACAGUGACCACAGCAUUCCUGUCCCCAUAGCCAGCUCCCAAAAGAAGUUAAAAAGACUAGAUGUGAUUGUCAAGCAGAACCAGAAAUUUACUUACAUACUAGUUAUAGUAUUAAUUUACUAGUAUCCUAUUAUGAAGAGAUUUUUUAAAUAUAUACAGUAGUAACGGGCGGUAUAUCAAUUAAUCCGCUACACCAGUAGAAUUUCUUCCUAAGGUAUUAGUUUUGUCACAGCCUUUAUACCAGUAUGCCAGAUAAUGCAAUGUACAGACAGUGCAAAAAAGGUUAGUCCAUUUGGCUGAAUGCCAGAGUCAGGGAUGUUUCAGUCACGUUUCAGUGAAAAAAUAAAAAUGCAGAAGUUGAUCACCUUCUACUGUGUAGUCAGUUGCAGUCUGAAGUAGUUGUUGUCUAAUAGCAUUAAUGACUUGUCAUUUUAAACAAAUUCAGCAGUGUAUGAUGCUAGAUAUAAACAUGAGAGUAUGGGGUGCAUAUAUGAGCACCAUUUUCACAGGGAGCAGAGAAGCCACUGGGUGCUUACAUGUAUGCGACAAAGGUUUAUCUAUAUAUUGUUCAGUUUUGUUUUUGAUAUUUUGCACAAUAAAAAUGUUUCAGAUUUA